ACCCGGGCCAUGGCGCCCGCGCAGCGCCCGCUGCUGCCGGUGCUGCUCCUGCUGCUCCUGCCGCCGCCACCGCUGCCCUUAGCGCGCGCGGAGGACGCCUCCCGCGCCAACUCGGACCGCUACGCCGUCUACUGGAACCGCAGCAACCCCAGGUUCCACGCGGGCGCGGCGGACGACCGCGGCGGCUACACGGUGGAGGUGAGCAUCAACGACUACCUGGACAUCUACUGCCCGCACUACGGGGCGCCGCUGCCGCCGGCCGAGCGCAUGGAGCACUACGUGCUGUACAUGGUCAACGGCGAGGGCCACGCCUCCUGCGACCACCGGCAGCGCGGCUUCAAGCGCUGGGAGUGCAACCGGCCCGCCGCGCCCGGGGGGCCGCUCAAGUUCUCCGAGAAGUUCCAGCUCUUCACGCCCUUCUCGCUGGGCUUCGAGUUCCGCCCGGGCCACGAGUAUUACUACAUCUCUGCCACACCACCCAAUGCUGUUGACCGGCCCUGCCUUCGGCUAAAGGUUUAUGUGCGGCCAACCAACGAGACCCUGUAUGAGGCCCCCGAGCCCAUCUUCACCAGCAACAAUUCGUGCAGCGGCCCGGGCAGCUGCCCGCUCGUCCUCAGCGCUGUCCCGGUCCUCUGGACCCUCCUGGGCUCCUAGUUCUGGCCCACACGAUGCCGGCCCCAACUGGACGACCGAAUCCAAGACCAAAUAGAGGCGCCUGGCUCUCUCGCCUGGUGCCGCCCCCACCUGCAGGGGGUUGUCUGCCUGCUCCAGAACCAGCCCCAGUGCCAGGGGACAGCCAACAGCCCCUGAGGCCCGAGGGGCCAGCCCGUCUCAUCAGGGACACUGGAGAACCUGAGAAACUUAUCCGUGAUGUUGGUUUUUUGUUUGUUUGCUUAUUUUUCAUGGUUGGAUCAGAAAGGCUUGAAUUUUUAAUUUAAUUUAUUCCUUGCUGUCGCCAGGGACUUUGAAAGGAAACACAUUGGUUUUGGGGGUGGGUGCUUGGCUCCCUGGGGGAUGGGAAUGGGUAACCCCUCGUCUGGGGGCUCCAUUUGUUGGGUCCUGGCUGGAGACCAUUGCAGACCCCCCCGCCCCCAGGUGCUCCAGGAGAGGCCAGUAGGAGGCAGAGGGUAAAGGUGAGACCCCUGGAUUCUGGCCUAGACUCUGAACCCACCUCAGAUUCUCGUCCCCUCCUCAUGCCUGGGAUUGUCUCCCAGAGCAGAAACCCACGGAGGCCCCUGGAGUCCCAGCCACUCCGAAUCCCAGCUCCCCGCUGUGUCCCGCAGCCUCUCGUGGUCGCCCCCGAGCCCAAGAAGACCUUACGUUUCUGUAAAUAGAGCCAGGAAGUGUGCACUGUGGCUUAUUCUCACUGUGUUCCUGAGGACGAACUGGACAGUUUUUCUUUUCCCCUCCCUCACAUCGUCAGGAGGAUCUCUUAUUUUGGCGGGGGGGUGGGUGGACUUUGUAGAGUAGAAGCCACACUUUGCAAUAAGCUUGUUGUCUGUCAGAGCCCCCUUCCUGUCCUCUGGGAUUAACAACGUUUAUAAGAAAAAAAAGAAACAGGACACAACAAAACACAGGCGUGGACCUGCAACAAGAACCCCUCUCCCAAAGACACUUGAAUGAAGCAAACGGCGCAUUUAUACAGAUUUCCUAUUUCUGCCCACCCUUCCUGACCUGUGUUUUAUAUAUAUUGUAUAAGAACAUAUAUGGCGCACAGCUGCCGGGGACCUUUUGUAGGGGUUGGCCUGGGUGGUGGUGUCGCCACGCCUGGAGCUGGCGACGGGGCCUCCCCCCUCCCGUCACAAUCAACUUUGGAUUCUGUAUUUUUUAAUAAUAAAAUAAGCAUAAACCUCUA